AUGAGUAACUCAGAGGACAGUGGGAGCAAGCACGCGUCAGCUCCGCUCUCCAGCUUUUCCAUCCAGUCCAUUUUGGGCACCGCAUCGGAGAGCUCACACACGAACGGGUCGAGCUCAGGGCAGCAGAGGAGGCGCGCGCUGUCCGUGUCGUCAGAAGAAUGCAGCGCCGGCGAGGACUCCACUGACUGCUUUUGCUCUGAACCCGGAGACAAUGGACCGUGUAUCUCAAAUCAGCCUCUCAGCUAUUCAUCACUGAAUUCCACCAAAGCGAUUAAAACAGGACGCGACGGACUGGAGAAAAGAGAACAUUUAACGCAGGCUAUAUUUCAGGAUUACAAAGAUGAUAAGGAAAAACAUUGUACUCAACUGUCACCUAGCUCUGAUGAUAGACACAGGGAUGGUGACGAUAAACUCAGCAACUCAGUGAAAAAGAAGACUCGGACGGUUUUCUCCAGGAGUCAGGUGUACCAGCUCGAAUCUACCUUCGAUAUGAAACGGUAUUUGAGCAGCUCGGAGCGAGCCUGUCUCGCUUCCAGCCUUCAGCUCACCGAGACCCAAGUGAAAACGUGGUUUCAGAAUCGCAGGAACAAAUGGAAACGGCAACUUUCGGCAGAACUGGAAGCGGCUAACAUGGCACAUGCCUCUGCGCAGACUUUGGUUGGGAUGCCUCUCGUCUUCAGAGACAAUUCUAGGCUUAGAGUCCCUGUUCCCAGAUCUAUUGCUUUCCCGACGCCACUGUAUUAUCCGGGGAACAACCUACCAGGCUUGCCUUUAUACAAUCUUUAUAAUAAAAUCGAUUACUAA